AUGUGUAUAGAAGACGGAUAUUACGGUAUUGGAAAUAACUGUAAUAGGACAUGCUCAUCUGGUUGCGAUGGCCAAUCAUGUAACAACAAUGGAACGUGUUUGUGCAAGCCUAAUUUUACUGGAAAAACAUGUGACUCGUGUGUAGACGGUAGGUACGGAGCAAAUUGCUCAAUGCAAUGCAGCCGGGGUUGUGAGGGGAAUAAUUGCAGUCCAAUCGAUGGAUCAUGUACAUGUAGAGAAUAUUAUAAUGGAGUGAAAUGUGAAAACUGUAUCACAGGUCGGUAUGGAGAAGACUGUUCAAAACCAUGUAGUCUUGGUUGCUUAGAGAACACUUGCUCCCAUACUGAUGGAAAGUGUGACUGCAGAGAGUUUUACAGAGGUGAUAAAUGUGACGUUUGUGAAGACGGGCGGUACGGUGAAAUUGACUGUCAUCAGGAAUGUUCUUUUGGUUGCCAUAAGGUAACAUGUAACCCUAACGGUACGUGUCUAUGUAAGCAUGACUUUAUUGGCAAUACAUGUAAUUUAUGUGUUGCUGGCAAGUAUGGAGCAAACUGCUCUAUGAAAUGCCGCGGAGGUUGCGAGGGGAACACUUGCAGCUCACAGGACGGAACAUGCAGC